CAACACCUUUAUUAAAAUGUAAAAGAUUUUUUUGUAAAGUAAAUGUUAUUGUUCACAGAAACCAUAGAGCUGUAAUACGAACAAGUGGAAAUUAAUAAAUCUAAAUAGAUGGAAAUGGAAGUGUGUGUCUAAAAGAAUCUCAAACCACAUCUCCAGUGAAAUCUGGGAAAUCUUUUAUUUCUGUGAAAUAAACGCUUAGUUUGUGGAUUCAACUUUCACAGCCGAAAUUUCACUAGACUAGGUAGGUACUAGUCACUGUACUUAGUAACACCAUGGGAAAUUACUGUCCGCUCACUUCAUAUGCCCACUCUGGAAACCGUUUAUGACCCAUUAUGUUAAUUGUGUUGCUAUUAAGCUAUUAUUGGAAAUGAAAUACUGCACAAAAUUAACCUGAUCGGCCCGGGGGUAACUAUGGCAAACAGAAGCCUAAAUCAUGUUGCGGGUUAUUAAUAUUUUUUCUUUUUUAUAUUGCAAAUUGAUAUGUAUACGACUUAAAAACAUUUCAUUCCGGUUAUCAGAAGCGUCGGUAGUGCUUAAAAAGACUGAUAAACAAAAUAGUCUAUGAACUGUAUCAUUUUUCCAUUCUUAAAUUUUUAACUUCAAGUUCUUAACUUAAAGAAAUGCCCGUAUAGAAGACCUUCCGGGUCAUUAUUUCUCGCAUCGAUUGGAUCACGUUUGGAUCACUUCCGCUUCCGAGUUUCCCUAACGUUUGAAUAUAAUGGCGGUGAAUGUAGAAGUAGAGAGGGCUGGUGUAUCUAACAAUGAGGAGAUGGGAGAAGAACAAGAUUACAGAGUCAAGAUAAAGUCGAAGGCUUUUGUUCGCGAACAACUUCACAAGUGUAACGAAUUGCUGAGAAAUAUUUUAGAUGAACAGUCAUCGAUAUGUGAUGAGACUAAGCGGCGGUUAUUGAAAGACGUUUUGGAGAGCUUCGAAAGAGGCGUCCAGGAGAACGUGGUUGUGAACGGGGAGUCGUGGGAAGAGGCCGCUGAUGGGGAGGAGCAGGACGCUGGAGGUUUUGUCUCCGCUCCAGAUUGCAAGGCACUGGAUGACAUGCUGGAUGAAAAUAUCCUGGAAACCACCCUGAAACGCAGCCGCUACCCAAAAAAGAUACUUCCCUAUGUUGUUCGGUCUUUGAAAGCACAACGUGAAACCAUGAGUUUGUAUGAGCAGGCAAUCAAGCCACAAAAGACGAUGAAGGAUCCAAUUCAAGGUGCCAUUAUGAGUGAUCUCUCCGAGUCUGCACCCAGGAUCAUCAGACAGUCUGCGUCUGUUAUGAAGGCCCUGCAGAGCCUGCAGCAGAAGGCCGAAGGCCUGCGCCAGGUCAUGGCCUUGAAACCCUCUGCGGAGUCCCUGGAGGUGCACAGGGACGUUUUCGGCAGGCCAUCCGACACGGAGGGCAGGCCCGCCCUGAAGAGGCCAGCAAAGGAGACGGAGCUGAGCGGCGCCUAUGUUCUGAAACCAAAGAGAUCAUCCACUCAGGAGGAGAAUGAGGAUCCUCAAAAAAACUCUUAAUGCUGGACCUCUAUACAAUGAAACAGAUCAGUCAUUGCUUGUCACUCAUCAGCAUCAGUACCAGUUAGGGCAGCUGAGUAAUGUCUAGGUUUGCAGAUGUUGGCAAGUUUGCCAGAUUUGUUUUGCUAACUGUAUCUUUGUAUAUUUUUGUAAAAGAGAAGUUGUGUUGUCUGCUCCAGUGUAGCGGUAGUAUACAGUAGUAAUUCUGACUAGUGUUUUAUUUACCAUCU